CGCACGGAGGCACCGACCGACCCGAGACCUGUACCCGCCGCUCAGCGCUGUGUGCCCGGCUGCAGCUCGGAGCAUCCCCGCGCUCCCCGGAGACUUUGGCAGGAGUUGGUCCGGUCGAGGAGCGGAGAGCCGCAGACACCGCCCCGGAGCCAGGUGAACUUCAGCCGCCUCCAGGUGCGAGGAGCCGGGACUGGUGCGGGGUUUGACGCACGGCCGGACACCGGGGAGCGGCAUGUCUCUCCGGGGGCAGCUGGCUCUCUGAGUCCGAGGAAGUGGACGCAGAGUGUUUCGAGCUCCAUCGUGUUCAGCUGCAGGUUUCUCACCAUGUUCCAGCACAGCAGCCACAAGAAGUGCUUCACCAUCGAGUCCCUGGUCGGGAAGGAGGCGGGCGGCCACGGCGGCGGCCCCGGGGACGAGCCCAUCCGGCCCACGGCGCUCCGCUUCCCGGAGUCCCUGCACCCCGCGGCCGGGAUCUUCGGCUCCUGCUUCCAGGGGGGCGGCGGACGGACUUUGUACUCGUCCGGGCCGGACCUGGUGCUCCAGGAGCCCGGGCCGCACACGCAGAGCCCCGGUGGUCUGCCGCUGCACCCGCUGCAGAUCCCCCCGCAGAGCUUCUUCAGCCCGCAGCACCGGGACGCGCUGAGCUUCUACCCCUGGGUCCUGAGGAGCCGCUACCUGGGCCACCGCUUCCAAGGGGACGACAGCAGUCCAGAGAACCUGCUGCUCCACGGCCCGUUCUCCAGGAAACCCAAACGCAUCCGCACGGCCUUCUCUCCGUCCCAGCUGCUGCGCCUGGAGCGAGCCUUCGAGAAGAACCACUACGUGGUCGGAGCCGAGAGGAAGCAGCUCGCCAGCGGGCUGUGCCUCACCGAGACGCAGGUGAAGGUGUGGUUCCAGAACCGCCGGACGAAGCACAAGCGUCAGAAGCUGGAGGAGGAGUCUCCAGAGGCGCUGCUGAAGAGGAAGGGCAGUCAACACGUCAGCCGCUGGAGGGCCGCCACGCAGCAAGGGGGCGCCGGCGAGGACGUGGACGUGCUCAGCGAGGACUAGACUGCUUCAGACACGCACACACACACACACACACACACGCACACACACACACACCUCUGAGGACUGACGACCCCAUCAGGGAGCCAGAGGGACAAGACUCCUCAGCCACGGGGGGGGGCGGAGCUUAACACAAACUGUGACUUCCUGUUGGAGUCGGACUGAACAGGAAGUUCUGACGCGUGUGAGCGGCAGAAAUAAAGAAACAGCUGUUGACUGAAAAAACGAUUUUUGGUGCCAAACAAAACCAGCGUCCUGAGAAAGAGAGAGAGAGAGAGUGGAUGAGAGCGAGAGGAGAAGCAGUCUGUCCACACCAGUCUGUCCACAGCAGUCUGUCCACAGCAGUCUGUCCACAGCAGUCUGUCCACUGCAGUCUGUCCACAGCAGUCUGUCCACAGCAGUCUGUCCACUGCAGUCUGUCCACUGCAGUCUGUCCACAGCAGUCUGUCCACUGCAGUCUGUCCACAGCAGUCUGUCCACAGCAGACGGACGGCGAGUCGCAGGAAAUCUGCUCAACACGUCUGGAGGAAGAACGUUCACCCUCAAAGUUUCUUUUAACUCAAGUAAAAAUCCUCCGUCUGUGACGAACACGGUUCAAACCUGAUUUCAAACCGUCACUGACUCAGGUUCACGAGGACAGAGGCGUCCAGCAGGGGGCGUCCUGCAGGGGGCGUCCUGCAGGGGGCGUCCUGCAGGGGGCGUCUUUUUUUCUCCCAAAAUCUGUUUAAAUUAAACCGUCUCCGUCGUUAGUUUCGAUAAAAACACGUUUUCAGUCUCAUCACGUUUUGAUCGAGAUGAAAAGACUCGAACCAACGGCCUCGUGCGUCUGUUGACCUGUUUCAGGAAGUCAGGUGUGUUUCCGGUGGUUGCUCAGCGGCACUGCGGCAGAGCUGCAGCUGAUCUGUUUCACUUUUCACUGCUGUGAAAGUUUUUUUUAUUAGAAACAAAAAAAAGUUGUAGUUAUUUAUGUAAAAAAAUGGAUUUGAAAGUAUUCUAUGCAUCUGAUGUGUAAAUAAUGACGAAGAUAAAAACAAGGUGUUUCUCUUCAUCUGUUUGUUCUGUUCAUUUCUUCUUCUGGGACAGAUUUACCUCAUCAUCUCACAUGUAGCACUUCUUCUUUAUUCUUCUUCUUCUUUAUUCUUCUUCUUCUUUAUUCUUCUUCUUCUUUCUUCUUCUUCUUCUUCUUUAUUCUUCUUUCUUCUUUAUUCUUCUUCUUCUUUAUUCUUCUUCUUCUUUCUUCUUCUUCUUCUUCUUUAUUCUUCUUUGUCAUUUCUACGUUUCCUCGUUUUAGGAUGGAAUGCACUAACACUG